AUGGUGGUUGGCGUGGUCCUGGCGCUUUUGGUGCUCUUAGGACUCGCUCCUUCCUUAAGGAGCGAUGCGGAUUCAGAGCGUGGAAGGACGCACCUACGCCGCGUGCAGAGGCUCGCCGCUCAACCAAAGUACGGAGAGUGUUGGUUGCGAGCUUUGAAGCACCUAGACACGCGCUGCAAGGAGUUGACGUCACAGAGCCAAAGUCGGAUCGCGCUGAGCUUCACCUACUGUCACCUGAGCAGCUCUGGAAGGGAUUUCCCAUCAUGCCCUGAUGGGUCAGACAUCACCAAGUGUACAGGUGCGAUGGAUGCUGUGGCCUUUAACACUUAUACCGAGUUUUUCACCCACACCUAUUCCAUCUGUCACUUCCUGCACUCUGAAGCCUGGCAGAGCCGCGCUGAGAACACCAUUCACAGGUUGACGGAGAGUUCGGCAGGUGUAGUUGAGCAGCUUCAGUCUACCAGGCAGAUGGCUGAGGCUCUGAUUGAAACCCAGAGCAUUGCCUUACAGGCACAGCAGGAGAUCCUAAACAAUGGAGAAGAGCUGAGAGUCACCCUCAAAGACUCUACUCAAGGUCUGCGGGCUGUGUUUUCUGAGCUAAGCAGCGUCUCCAGGGAGCAGCAGAUGGCCCUGUCUGAACUCUUUAGCAGAGUUUCCUUCUUGCAGAACUUCCUACUGAUGGAGGCUCAUAGUCUGAGCUCCUGCUGCUACAACGCUGCUGCUCUCUUCACCUCAUUCUUCCUCACCUGCAGCCAGCGCUCUUCCAGAGCCAGGUUGGUGUUGCUUGGCUUGGUGUGUCUGAAUUUCUACCUGGAGAGGAGGAUCUACCAGUUCGUGGUGAGCUCCGAUCAUCCUGAACAUCAACACAUGGAGCUGCUCGGUGUGUAUGUGAGCCUGCUGCGGCGGCUCAUGGUGUGCGUUGGCCUGUGCGUCCUGCUGGCUGUUUGUGUUCGGUACAGAGACCCAGUACAGCAGAGUCUGCAGGUGCUGCAACAGCUCACAGAGACUCAGCGAAGGCUGCAGGAGGCGCUGCAGCGCGCAGAGUGUUUGGCAGAACAGAGGAUUCAUCACAUGAAGAGGAGCACAGGGAGCAGGAGGAAGGAGAAGGAGGAUGAUGAUAGUGACGACGACUGCAGAAGCACACCGGUGUCUCCGACCACAGACUUGACUCAUCUCUCAGUCCUUGGUCGUGGCUCUACAAAUGGCUCAGACAUCACUAUGCUGCCAUACGUUACACACAAUGCAUCAGCAAGUCAUGGUCGUCGCGCCCGUCGCUCCUCCGCUGUGGUCUACAGCAUCCUGGUGGAAGACAGACAGCCUCGCUACAGUCUAAGAAGCCGACGAUCAGAAACUCAGUGACUGAAGGAAUGAGUCCCAAUGUUUGUUUUUCUUUGUCAAUAAAGGCCAGUUGGAUUUUAAA